GGCUGGUUGGUCGGGACGCAUCUGCUCUGUCUCUUCUCCACUUCCGUCUUCCGGGCCGCUGCCGUUUGCCAGUGAGGUGGGCUGAUCGGGGCUUGACCCCACCCCGGCGCUGCCGGAGCCGCCGGAUAUGAAAAUGAGUUGCACAAUUGAAAAGGCCUUGGCAGACGCAAAAGCACUGGUGGAGCGGCUAAGGGAACACGACAAUGCAGCGGAAGCACUUAUUGAACAGACUACAGCUCUUAACAAGCGGGUUGAAGCAAUGAAACAGUACCAAGAAGAAAUUCAGGAGCUCAAUGAAGUAGCAAGACAUCGCCCUCGUUCUACUUUAGUGAUGAGUAUCCAACAAGAAAACAGACAGAUUAGAGAAUUGCAACAGGAAAAUAAAGAACUACGAACAUCUCUUGAAGAGCAUCAAUCUGCUUUGGAACUCAUAAUGAGCAAGUACAGAGAACAGAUGUUUAGAUUGCUUAUGGCAAGCAAAAAGGAUGAUCCCAGUAUCAUAAUGAAGUUAAAAGAGCAACAUUCUGAGGAGCUCCAAGUGCAUGUGGACCAAAUCACAGAAAUGGCAGCUGUAAUGAGAAAAGCCAUUGAAAUUGAUGAAAAGCAUGGCUGCAAAGAGCAGGAGCGCAUCGUUCAGCUGGAGCAGGAAAACAAAGGCUUGAGAGAAAUUCUUCAGAUAACUAGAGAAUCAUUUCUGAAUCUCAAGAAAGAAGAUACAUCAGAGAGCACAUCUCUGUCAGGGUUAGUAACCAGCAGUGAUCUGAGCCUGAGGAAGAGCUGAAGACUAUGGAAGUCAACAAGCUUCAAUUGCACACUUUACAAACAGAGUUUCAGGGGUCACUUUUCAAGCACUUGUUACUGAAUAGGGCACCAGCAAGCUCAUGCAUCUUAAGCUCCAGUUAAGUGGCUUUUACACUCUGUAAAAUAAAACUGGUCUUCUAUAAAAACUUUAGUGACAGAUUAAUUGCCAUGGAUCUAACUUCAGUUGGAAAUGGAUUAAUGCACUUACCAAAGUUUUU